ACACAAUUCUAUGAGCCGUAAACCGUGAGCCGUAUACCUAAUAAUAAUAAUAAUCAGUGCUUUCCGCGAUAACUUAUUUUCGGACCUGCGAUAACGGUGUUGAUGGAGGCUGCAUCUGAUACUUUGCGUUGGAUUGCUGUUGACAACUCACUGGCGAAGUCCAUUUGGUCUGGAGCCAACCAAUUGGCUGGCUACGCAACUUCUCACUGUUCCAGACAGCCCCGCGGCCCGGCCCCGGCCAUGCGGCACCCGUCUUCGCCGGUUCGCUGGCUGCUGGGCAGCAGCGGCCGCACUGCCGUCCAGCUGGCCGGUGUCUCGGGCGCCGCGGCCGUGGCGCUCGGGGCGUAUGGCGCCCACAAGCUGCGCGCCGGAGACCACAACCCCGAACUGGUCCAGGUAUUCGACACGGCCAACCGUUACCACAUGCUGCACAGCCUGGCGCUGCUGGGCGCGCCGCUGUGCCGCCGGCCCGGUCUGGUGGCCGCCCUGCUCUCCUCUGGCAUCCUCGUGUUCAGCGGCACGUGCUACUACUACGCCCUCACCGGUGAUAAGUCCGUGAGGCGCUUCACCCCGUACGGAGGUAUGCUGCUGAUUGCCGGCUGGCUGGCCAUGGCUCUCUGAGCAAAAGGUGAUGAGACCGCGGGUUAUUCUCGGCUUUAGGGAUGAAGUUGGUGGGUCGUGGUUGUGUCAUGUGGCACUCGGCGGAGUGCGUAUAGGUGGUGUCAUCUGACGGUGAAGGGAUGAAGUACCUAAGUCGGGUGACGCUAUGGUUUCUUUUUUUUUUUUUUGACUAGGGAAGCUCUAUUCGGAUUUGAUGGUCGAAAGUUUUCUGAAUUAUACUGGCCCAGUAAUAUUCCAGGUAUAUGGAUGGCUUGUAGGGAGCACCGUUAUAAUUGCACUAUGGAAUACUCCAAACCUAACACAUUUUAUGCAAGCUUCCGUAUUUCUGCUCGUCUGCUUCAGUCUACUGUCCAUACGAUAUUUGUACUCCAACUGAUAGACUUUAUGCUUUGAGCCCAUCCAGUCGAACAGAAUCUUCUUUUCUGCAUUCUCUGACGAUUAUUAAACGUUUCCUGCCGCGGUCUCGCCUACCACGGCCGGCUUCCUUUUGAACUCUCGAAAUUCCGCGGAAACCCCAGCUGACAGCACGUGCCCCACACGCAUCCACCCACAUCCGUAACGUCAGACUGUUUGUGGGCUGUGCAUUUUUAGCCGUCGGGAGCGCCCUGUGGUUACCUGCGCGGAUGUUGUCACAGAAGCCACACGGAUGGUGUGUAUGGGCGAGGAACGCUGAGCGUGUCCUGUAGUUGUCGAGAGGUGCGUCUGUGAUCACGGGCUUUGUUGCCACUGGGAGCCCAUUUGAUGAUAUACUUGUGACGUCGAAAACGCAGCGGCGGCGGGUGCGAACGCUGCGGCGUUCGGCUUUUGUGAAGAAUGUGAUCAGUCUUGUCAUGCCUGUUUGUGUCGCGUUGUAGUUCAUCCAAUUGCGUGCGAGGGAUAACCACAUUGUACUCGUGGCCGCGAAGGAGCAAUACACUUUCAGACCUUGAA